GGAGAGGAAAACCACAACUUCUUCCACCCCUGGAAAAACCUUUUGUGAGUGCAAGAGCAGGGGUUCAGAUGCAACGAGAUGGUUCUGGUUUGCUGAUGCCCCUUGGGGUAGAGUGUCCACCAGCAUGAGAGAGCUCGGCUUGGUUCUCCUGUGCCUCCUUCGCAUCUCCAGGAAGGGUGUGCAGUGCAAUGGCUGGUCUGUCCACGUCCCGUCUGACGUCACUGGAGAGCUCGGGAAGACUGUUGUCCUGCCCUGCACCUUCACACACCCCUACAAAACCUUCGACCGGGCCCUCACGGCCAUCUGGAGGAUCAAGGAGCCUUACAACGGCACGGUGGUGUUCAAGUGCGUGAGCCAGAGCAGCAGCGAGCCCUGCAAGACUGYCAUCAGCCACAAGAACAAGUACAAGCUGCUGGGCAACCCCAGGCACAAGGAGCUGUCCAUCAGGGUGGAGAACYUGACCUGGAGCGACAGCGAGCGGUACUUCUGCCGCGUGGAGCUGGCUGGAGAUGUCCACGACAAAUACGAGAGCAGGAACGGGAUAAAGCUGCAUGUGAUUGCCGCCCCCAGGAUCAUCAACAUCACGGUCAGCUCCAGCAGGGACCACACAUUCCAGGCUCGCUGCACRGCCGAGGGGGAGCCAGCACCUGCCCUGACCUGGACAGGACCCCCCAACAGCAACCUGAGCUCCAGCAGCAGCAGCAGCCACCGCGUCACCAGGGAGCUGCGGUCCCUGAGCCACGAUGGCAAAUACACCUGCACCGCRGUCAACAGCCACGGCAGGGCCGAGGGCACCGUCUACUUCUACAGGUUCAGAGCUUCCGACAGCUCCUCCUUCAUGAUCCUGACCUUCGUGCCGCUGGGAAUCAAGGUGCUGCUCUUGCUGGGGAUUCUGAGCCUCACCAUUUUCUCCAGAGAAGGUCCCCCCUCUGCUCCCUCCAGCCUGGCCAGGCCACAGCUGCCAGAGUGCACCUACGAGAACUUUGACCGCAGACACGGCAGCAGCCAGACCCUGCCCACGGGAGGGGCAGCGCCGAGGCGCAGCUGAGGGGCCCGACAGGACCAUCCCCACACUGCCCACAUUGGUGUCCUUCCCCAGGGGACACAGCACUGGUAUGGGAUGAGGCACAGAGGGUCAGACCAGCCUUGGGCAGUUGGAACUGGACAAUCUCUAAGGUCCCUUCCACAAUGCUAUGAGUUCCAGCCCUGCUAUCCRUCAUAAGUGAGAGCAGCCUUAAAGGGGAAAAGAGAAGAAAGAAAACRGGGAUGGCACUGGAAGAGCAGAACCCAAUCUGCACAGGAUGACAGUUUUAACCUAUCUGUUAUGCCUUUAGCCCRUAUCAGAUGUUUAGCAAGCAGGUAAGAGUGCAAAACUGUCUCACAUCUUUUUGCUUUGGUGUUUUUCAAAUAUCACCCUGACAAGCCGUUUUCACCACUCCACUUGUCCAAGUUGCAAGUGAGCAACUGCCAUGCUUCAAAUACUGGUUGUGGCAAAACACUACUGGAACUUCUGAGGGGAUUUAGUUUUGGUUUUGUUCUUUUAAUUAUUAUUACUAUUAUUAUUAUUAUUAUUAUUAUUGUUAUUAUUAUUAUUAUUCCUAAACUUCUAGAAGAGCUUAUUUAAGAGUUUAAAGGAAACCUUAACUUUAAAGGCAAGUCCAAGCAAAAAAGGAAGAUGUUUUCCAAAAACUGGUAGAGCUGAAAGCAGGACAGGAGAAGUCUAAACUAGUCUGUGUUGUAACUCUUCUGCAGCUCCUAGUGCCCAGAAACUCAGAGCUUUGUGAUAAACGUGCUAUUUGUGAUAAAAUAUUCCAAUACACCAAAUYGUUAAGGAUUUUUUUAAAGCUAAAGAAAUUAUUUCUACACCAUUUCCAUCUCGGUGUUACACAGUUUUUUUAAGACCCAACUACUCAUCUCCUAAACUCUUCUGAGAUGAAGACACUACUACAAAGUGUCUACAAAGUCACAAUGGCCAAGCACAGACAAAUCUCUWACCCAAUUCUAAAUACCCUCCCAGACCAGGUGAACAGAUCCAGCUUACGGUACAGGACAAUGUGGGUCAGCCUGGACUCCUGCAGAGGCAGGCAGAGGUCCAGGAUAGAACUGGAGAGAGAAACAGGUUGACUUAGUUGAGAAGGAGGAGAAAUAAUUAAAAGUGGUUUUAACCUACUUUACAUUUAUACUGCUGGAUUUGGUGCUCUGUGCAACCAUCCCAGUGCAGCAGCUCCAAAACUGUUCUCCAAACAAUCCUGCUCCUGGUAACAACCACCAAACUGCUAUUAAAAUACCAUCAGGCUUGCAAGCUCAACCCCAGGCUGGGAAUCAUUAUUUUAAAGUUCACCUCCUCACAGUAUCUGCACUGGGAAAGGAAAGCAGAAUUUUAAAUUAUUUUGCCAGGAUGAUAAGGAAUAAAAAAWUAUGCAAGGAUAUACUUGAACCUGAUCUUUUAAAUCCCACCUUAAAAUCCCAGCAGUGACAAAGCCAGAUUUAAUAAAAAUAAGAAAAGAUGCAAAGAGAAAAGGGAAGUUACAGCAGAUAGCAUAGUCACAGACACGUAAGCUCAACUGCAUAGGUGUCACAGAGGGAAGAGAUCUCAGAGAUAUUAUUUGGACAAACUGAAUUGGAUUUCUGAGGCCUUACUAUUUACAUAG